AUCACUACAUUUCCCGAGGUGCGCCGCGCCGCUGCGAAGCAGGGUGCAGAAGCGGUAAACAUGGCGAUCUUCAGUGUUUAUGUGGUCAAUAAAGCUGGCGGCCUGAUCUACCAGUACGACAGCUACACCCCGCGGGCAGAGGUCGAGAAAACAUUCAGCUUCCCGCUGGACAUCGUGCUCAAAACGCACGACGAGCGGGUCCUCGUCUCCUUCGGCCAGCGAGACGGGAUCCGGGUGGGGCAUGCCGUGCUCUCUAUUAACGGCGUGGAUCUGAACGGGAGGUGCACAGCGGACGGGAAAGACGUGAUCGAGUACCUGAAAGACCCCGUCAACUACCCGGUGUCCAUCCGCUUCGGCCGCCCACGCCUCACCUCCAAUGAGAAGCUGAUGCUGGCUUCGAUGUUCCACUCGCUGUUUGCAAUCGGGUCCCAGCUGUCCCCCGAAGUGGGGAGCUCUGGUAUUGAAAUGCUGGAGACAGACACCUUCAAACUGCAUUGCUACCAGACUCUCACAGGUAUCAAGUUUAUUAUUAUGGCAGAUCCUCGUCAGACUGGGAUCGACUCGCUUCUCAGGAAGAUUUACGAGAUCUAUUCUGAUUUCGCUCUGAAGAACCCCUUCUACUCACUGGAGAUGCCCAUCAGGUACAGUAGCGCUUAGAAAUACUGAAGCGCGCCGGUCCGACACCUCCAGGGACGGGAGCCACGU